UUAUAUCGACAAACAACUUCAAAUUAAACAUUAGUGAUUCACUUAAUUAAUCCCAAUGGAAAGUGCAUUGUCUAGACUAGUCUGUUGUCAUCCAAUGGGUGAGCCGACACUAUCCAUACCGCGCAUAAUAACCGAGGACUACGACUGCGGGCCCAACAGCGCACCGGUCAUAAUGCCAGUGACGGGACGGUCGCACUCAUUACAAACACCGGACGACACGCUGGACAUCGUCGGCAAACAGCGGAUGCGCUCACUAUCGGGACCAUCGCAUCCCAUAUCCCUAUCGCCAAACGUACGC